CCAGGAUUGAGGUCGUGACUGACCAGAACUCACGUGGCAUGCCAUCGAACUAGCAGCUUCCCAGCCCAUCUUCAACCACCUACAACCUAUAACCUACACCCUGCCCUCGAAGCGCAACCACCAAAAUGGCGACCACCGCUCCUCAGAUCCCACACCACGUCACCGCCCUCCUGUCGCACCUGACCUCGCGCCCCGGCGUGCAGUCCACCUUCAUCCUCUCGCGCAAAGACGGCUCCAUCAUCCAGAGCACGGGGCUGUAUGCCUCGCCGACGCCCGGCCGUCGCGCCAGCAGACCGGCCACCUCUACUGCUUCCACCGCUGCUCCCGCGACUGCCAGCACCCAUACCAACACGAACUCAGCGCAGGACACCUCUAAUACCGCCAGCGCGCCCGACCCGGAGACCCUCACACCCCCGACAGAAACCCCCUCCGCACCAGCACCAACAUCAGAACCAGAAACCAGCGAAGACCCAACCCAAACCCCAACCUCACCCACCACCGCACCAACCACAACAACCGACCCAGCACCAGCAGCACCACCACCAGCAGCAGCAGCACCAUCAGCAGCAGCACCACCACCAGAAAUAACCCUCUCUCCCACACCAACCCCCACAUCACCCACCCCGAAAAAAGAAACAGAAGAAAAAUACACCCCCACCCCCGCCGAAACCCUCGCCGCCCACAUCUUCGCCUACGUAACCAGCGCAGCAGAGCUCAGCGCCGUCCUCAGCGGCAGCACCCCCUCCUCACACACAACACACACACCGACAGCGGGCGCAGCUCCGCACCACUCAGCGCUCCCCUCCGAGCGAGGCGACGCAGACCGCGACGACGAGGGCCCCGACCCAGACGCAGACGCAGACGCAGAUGCAGACAGCGACGAGGUCCGGCUGCUGCGGCUGCGCACCAAGAAACACGAGAUCGUCGUCGUGCCCGACCGCAAGUACCUGCUUUGCGUUGUGCAUGGGCUUUCUAGUCUAGUUAAGAAGUAGUUCUAUACCCUUCCUUGCAAUCCAAUUCAAUAAGAUAAACCCAAACCAAUACACUGGUACUAUAAGACGUUCCGGGGGAGAACCCCCGAACCCCCCUUUCUUCCAGCUUCCUGGUAACCCUCAAUCCCAUACAAAGUAUAAAGAGAGAUAGCCGGGGGAGAACCCCCGGA